CGUGAGGUUAUCGCGUCUGGAAUACACAAACGGAAAUUGUAAAUUUCACGCAGUAUGGAAGAACACAUGCUUUAAAAUGAUUUUGUUUCAACAUUAGUAAUUCAGUGCAGUGAAGUGCGUUUUCUGCGGAUUUGUUUGAGCGCGCGCAGUUGAAGGGAGGAGGCGAUCAUAGCACGUGACAUGCUUCUCCAGGCAACAGAAGACAGGCUCCCGCUUGACAAAUGGCAACGCGGUUCCCCGCUGGCCAUCCGAUGGUUCAGUCAGCGAGCAACAGCACAGAAGGUGGCACACUGAAUGCUCCCCGAUAUGGCACUGUGGUUCCCAAGAGGAUAUUUGUUGGGGGAAUCUCUGCCAGUACAACUGAGGCAGAACUACAUGAGCUUUUCUCGCGUUUUGGUGUCGUAACAAAUGCCAAGAUUAUCUUGGACCGGGCUGGUGUGUCAAAAGGGUACGGUUUUGUUACCUUUGAUACAGAAGAAGAUGCGCAACGAGCUCAGGCCUCUGCAAGCAACCUAACAUUGAGGGACAGACGACUCAACAUUGCUCCAGCUAUCAAGAAACAGCCGUUCACAAGAGUGUAUGACCCAACUCAGUCUGUUCCAAAUGGCACUAUCCUGUACCAUAAUGGGAUUCCAUACACCUACCACAAUGGCAUGGCAUUUUUCAUCACACCUGAAUAUCAGUAUUCUGGCCAGACUCCGGCAUACCCGGUCAUUUACCAGCCAUCAGUCUACUAUCCUCAACAUGCCUUUCAGUACCAAAAUGUGUCAUGUUUUCAGCCAUGGAUCUGCACAGUUUCCAGUCAUCGUAAAGAAAGUGAUUGGUUGCAGGUUGCCUCUCAGUGGAGCCCCUGGAGAUGGAACAGUUCCUCUAACACCAGUGGAGCACCAACCACGUACCCUUACUCUGCGGCUUCGGACGAGUACUACGACCCUGCCAUAGUUGAGGCGAGCACUGAGGUAGGUGGCGCACGCAGGGAUGGUGGCGGAGGUGCAGCAGCAGCAGCAGGGACCCUUUGCAUCGCCAGCCCUGAAGCAACGUCACAAAAUGUCGUGAGCCCACCUCCCGUAAUAUGCUCCUCCUGCACUGUCAUUUGGAACGAAAGGGCACACAGCAGAUCGGGCAGCAGGAGAAACGUCUUGGUGAAAGGGAACCAUCGCAGAGUGGCUCGUAAUGCUGAUAGUGAAUUAUACUGCUCAAGUUGGGUAAAUUAGGGAUUGUUUUACUUUUGGGGUUGUACUACAGCUUUGGAGCCCUGAACUAUGUUAUAGCUUGUACCUAGCUUGAAUCUUAGAGCUUAAUAAUUAGAGCUUACAAAAUAUCAUGUUGGAUGGUUCAAGAUGUACAAAAAUAAUUUUCUUGUGCGCUGCUCUAUUUCGUGAAUAAUGACAACAGUGAAGGAAGCAGGAAAUGUGAUUUUUUGUCACCUGAGUGCUAUAGAAAACCUUUUAUCCUCGUUAAGCAUCUACCAGCACCAACAGUUCCUCACUAUUAGACUAACUUUAGCCAUGAGUGUCACCUCAGUCCAAAAAUGUCUGUCUACUUGAUACUGCACAAGUAAUGCCUCUGGCCAUUCCAAUGAUCAUUGAAACAAAUGGCCAUUGAACAUCUUGAGCGCCUUUGAAAAUACACCACUGCUACACAAGCCAUUCCAAUGCUCCUUGAGCCCGCAGGUUAGCAAAACUCAUCCACUUUGGCAUCGCUCAUUAUCAUAGUUGUCUCGUCCAGGGCCGGCAUGUGUGGUUUGGGCGAACAUCACUGACUAAAGCGUGCUAUCCACAGACCAACCAUGCAAUGGUCUCCAUCGAAUAACAAAUCAGAAGCAAAAUCUGUUGACUUGUGAGAUAUUAUUUUGGAGUUUGCAUAAAAUAAGAAACUAAAAAUAGUUUUGCAAGUUUGUAGCUAUGGAUCAGAGACCACGGUAUAGAAAAUUCCACAAGUGGAAUGGAUGUUGAGAGUUUGCCGGAAUUCCCUCGCUGAAAACGAAAUGUCAAACGAAAAAACAAUCUGAGCACAGCCUUGAGAACAGGGUUGCGUCUGGACGACUGCUUUCUCCUCUCACUCCUCUUGUCAUUGCCGCCAGGACUUCUGCAGCUAUGGAAGCAAUGCCAAUCUUUACAAUUCACUUAUUUAAUUUUUAAGCACUUUUCAGACAAAAUUAGCCAAACAUUACGGUAUCUAUUUCAUAUUCCCUGAUGCUGACACAGGCAUACCUUGUUUGCACUCCUCAGAUAUCCAUGCUGCAAGUUCUUCCUCCGUGGAAGGCACAUUUCUCCACUUUCAGAUGGCAGUGUCCUUCUCGGUCUUGCACGCGUUCUCUUGCUGCUUUAUCCAGUCCUGGAUGCAUGGGCGAGAAGAAACUGCACUGAUGUUUCCACGAAGUUCCUAUAGCUUUUCAAGAACUUUCAAUCUAAAGGCUAUGGUGUAGCUUCGCCUUUGCCCAUGAGCAAAACUUGUUCCUGCUUUCAUACUGCCAAAUUGCGGAAUGCAGCAGAUUCUACUACUACCAAACUCCCUAAUCGGGUUACACACCGGGUCAGUUGGAACUUCCUGAUGACCUCUCUGUAGCUUUCAUUGAACCAUGAAUAAUCCCCCAGAGACCUUGUCUUCGGGUGCACUGUACUGUUGAGUCUGGUAUUUCUUCUGGCAUGCUGGUCAACCUCUGCUUAUCCCGGGAUACCGGAAAAUGUGCAGUAGUCUUUCGUGCCUUUUCAAUAAAUUUGCUGUAGUUUUCUUUUGUGGAGUCACUUUUUUCGAGAACCUUUGACUGCCUCAAUGGUAUUCCGCGAAUCUCCAUCGAGUCGAGGAGGAGUAUCCAAGUCGGUGGUAAUUGAAAAUUGCCAUUUUGCAACCUCCAAGGGAAAGUGUUUUACACAAUAUGGACAAGAUGUGAGCAACAUCCUCUCAAUACAACAACCAGGUGUUGCACUGAUCGUGGGCGGCAAAUACAAUUGAAUAAGGCCUUUUUUGUGCAUCUAUUUUUGAAGUUAGCAUAAAUGUGGCAAUGUAGGCUCGUGACAAGAAAGGGUGCGUUCAGUAGGCGCCCCUGAGCACGAGUGUUUCGGACUCCACUCACUUAACGCGAUACAAGUGCCCCUUAUUCGCUCGAGAGUGUGAGGCUCCAUGCCACGCUCCCACGCUCGAGCUCCUGUUUCAAAUGAGUGCAUGGAAGCAGACGACAAGCGUCCAGGUGCUAGACAUUUUCCAUUACGUACUUCCUGUUGAGCGGCGGCAAGAUGACCUUUGAAGUUUGUGCUUGGCAAAGAGUUAUCUACGUUACCCAAUGCUUCGAUUUCAGUAAACUGUAAUAUUUUUAUAACUCUUAUCAUGCCUUCCUGUUAGUGGACAACUUCCGGUUAUUCGCGUGGGGAAAUGCAGUGCUUUAAUGCAGACACUUUCACGGCGUGUAGUCAUCUUCACAGUAAACAGCUCCUAUGGCAUCAGUUACGAAUCCCUAUCUUUUUCAUUUCGUUGGCUGUUACACGGAAAAAGUCUUAACAACUGCCGUCAUCGCUUCUAGUGUUGCUAUAGGUUCAAACUAAGCCAACAACAAGAAGCAUCAGUGAGCAAGCAGUGCAGCGCUCCAAAGUUGCUUUUCACUGUUUAGUGACCGCUCAGCGUUUCGCAAUUUGAGUGGGCCUAAAGAGACCUUUGCCUACUUAACGCACAUUUUGUAAACAAGUCAAUUUAAUCAGUAAAAUAAACAACAGUUUAAAGGGGAGCUGCCCUUGGUGCUACAAUAGACACUUUUGCAUUAAUUGUUUUGUUUUUUACUGAUUGAGUAUGACUAUUGCAGGGGGGACAAAAGCCCGUGGUGGGUGCACGAAGAGA